AAUUCUGUAAACUUAACCACUUUUUCAAUCUGUACAGAACAAGAAAGAAACGUAAAAAAGAUUCGGAGUUACCUUCCCCCAUUAUCCUUUGCACUUCUUGGUAAUCUUAUUAAAUAUCAUGUUAAGGAUAAGCAGUUACUUAUUCACCAUCCUCCAGAAUGUGUUGGCCCACUGGUACAAGUUUACUAUGAUGUUUUCAAUCAGUUCCUGCAUGAUUAUCAUAAUGAAGAUCUAGAGAUGGGAAAAGAACAUUAUCAAUGGACUCUUAAGUUCAUUAAUGAAAUAGCAGAUAUAUAUCCUAGUGAACUUGAGCGUUCUAAAAAAUUUAGAGAAAAAUUUCGACAACUAUUUGGCGAAGAAUUAAAAAUAAUUCGUCUAGAUGAUGAAUCUUCAAAUGAUGGUGUAUUGGAAUGUAAUUUUCAUUUAUUUAGUGUAUUACGCCUACUUGCUGAGAUAAAAAAUGAAAUUGGCACGGCUGGACCUUGGGUAUAUGUUUUAGAAGUGGUGUAUGUUAAGAAACCUAUUGUAGAUCUCUUAACAGACUUUAUACCUCUCAUUUCUACAAAUAUUCGAAAUUACGCAGACAAAUCUACAAAAUUCACAAUGCUUGUAGAUCAGCCAGACAAGCUUCUUUGGAAAGCUAUAACAAAGAACAGGAGGGAAAUUGUUGUUAAAUUCAUGUGGCGUUAUAAUCAGAGAGCAUACGAAUUGUGUAGCGAAAUUGGAAAAGUGCCAAAAUUACUCUAUAUUAGCAAAGAGGUGGAUGGUUUUUAUAUGGUCAUAAUAGAUUAUGUUAAGGCCAAGCCACUUUACAACUGCAGUAAUUCGCUUAGUCAUAAUAAAUAUAAAAUGGUUUUCGAAGAUAUCGAAGAAGCUAUCAGCAAAUUGCAUAAGAAAAAUAUCAUUUUUGCUGACCUUCGUGAUCUCAACAUUUUGGUUAACAAAUCUCAAGAUCAAUAUCAAGGAAUGUUAAUAGAUUUCGAUUGGGCUGGAGCUGAGGAUAGGAAAAAACUGAGUCAGAAACAUGAUAUGCAUUGGUUGAAGUUAUUGAAAUCUAAAUACUUAGGUGAUAGU